GAUGAUAUUCCUAAGGACAGCUUGUGUUGGAUUAUAAAACAUAGAGUAGCUUAUAGAAGGCAGUUAUGUACAAAUAAUGGAGGAAAGGGUAAACACAAACAUAUUUGAAGAAUUUUUAAAAGGAAAGUCCUUCAUAACAAAAGAGUUUUACAUUGAGCCUGAGAUAGAGGAGGAGAAGUGUGAAGAUUUUAAGUAUGUCCCAGAGAAAGAACGAGCAAACAAAGUGGAGGUGGUAAAGCCAGUCCAGGGACUCAGGGAGGCACUGCCAUCAAUAGAAAACACUGUGGUUGGGCUGUUCUUCUCAGCGGGAUGGUGCGCUCCUUGUCAGGAAUUUGUUCCUUUACUGAAGGACUUGUAUGAAGAACUACAAAUGAAACGCUGUCCAUUUCAAAUUGUGUUCAUCAGUUUUGACAAGACAGAGGAGAAAAUGAAGGAAUACUUUAUGGAACAUCACGGAGAAUGGUUAGCUAUUCCUUUUAAUGACAAAACACUUAGAGAAGCAUUCCGAACCAGAUAUGAUGUUAAUUCCCUUCCAAAGUUAGUGAUUGUCAAAGACACAGGGGAGAUAAUCACAAACCAAGGCAGAAAAGAGGUACAAGACCGGGGGUAUAUUGGUUACAGAAACUGGAGAGAGGCAGCCAAUCUCCGGGACAAGGGAACACUACACUUCAGCUCAAUAACAAAACCCAAACCAAGCUCUGAGGAAAAGGACAGUGAUGUCUGAAAGACUAGGAUCGGAAUGUGGAAUUCUGUAAAUUAAGCUACUUGUGUAGAGUUGUAUUCCGAGAGACAUUGUAAAGUUUUCAAUUAACUGGAGAUGGUACAUGUAUUUGGUGAUGGUAACAAAUAGUGUCUUGGUAAACUGAUAAUUUCUCAGGUAACUAAUUUUUAAAAAUUACAGUGUAAGGAAAAUAUUAAAUUUAUGUAAUAAAAGUGCUAGCGCACUGCAACAAUAUGUUUUCACAUGUAAGCUAUGUGGUACAUGUACUUCAGUUUAUUUUGUGUAAAAAUGUAUCCAGCAUUUAUACAUUUCAUAAUAAAUCAUAUCUU